CAGUUUACGGUACAAGCAAGUACAACUUUCAUUGACAUUUGAUAAUAAACAAUAUAAAAACCAAUUUGAAAAAGGAGUUUCUUAAUUUUACAUUUAAAAAAAUCAUUGCACCGAGAUAGUCUUGAUAAUGGAUGCUAUUAGAGCUGUGCAUCAAUGCUUAUUUUGUCCGCAAACAUUUGGCAGUGCCAGCGAAAAAGAUGACCACAUUCUACAGCAUUUUGCACACGAAACAUGCAUCGAAUGCGACCAGAAUUUAAUUCGAAUCGGUAGUGAUUUAUACACUCGGCACAAUGCUGUAACAUGUAUCAAAGCGAAUUUUGCCAAAUCGGAAGAACCAUCUGAAAAAGAAUACCAGCAUGCAAAUUCACCGACCAGUCAAGAAAUUUGCAAUGAUGGUGACUUUAUAGGACAAGCUCAAGCGUUGAAUCCAAUUUUCAUUGAAGAAAUGGAAUUGAAGCCAGAUGAUUUGAACGAACAGCUAAUGUUACGGGAUAACUGUGAUUCUGAACAUGAACCACAUGAAAACCACAUUGAACCAACUCCAAAUUUAGAUCAAUUUUCCGAUUCGAUGGGUGUAUCUGAAUCGACAAGCAACCAAAGCAGUGAAACCGAUGACCGUACAAAAUGUAAUAUUUGUAACAAAAUAUUGUCAACAACAAAUGCACUAAAAACACACAAGUUAAUAACGCACAGUGCACCCGGCCAUUUUCCAUGUCAGCUGUGUAAUAUGAUUUUGACACGAAAGGAUUCAUUGCGUAAACAUAUGCAAAUGAAACAUGAUCCAAAUUGUGUCAAAUUCAAAUGUGUUUAUUGCUAUGCUGUGUUUUUGAAGAAAUCAUCUCUGGAGAAUCAUCAUCCCAAAUGUAAAAAACGAGCCGAAAAAUUAAGAAAUGAAGAUUGUAGCACCACCGUUGAAGCCGUAAACACUAUUCACAUUAAGGAGGAACAAAUCGAUGAUGAUUAUGAGAAUACAGUUUGCACGGAAAUUGUAGAAAUGGGACCAGCACAACAAAAUCGAAUAUUCCACCAUCAAUAAUAAUAUAAAUGAAUUCAAUUCGAAUGAAACCCGAGAAAAGGUGAGACAACCAAAUGGCAACGACAACAAAUGUGACAUAUGCCUUAAAACAUUUUUUGAUAAAAACACAGUUCGACGACACAGAGUGCUUGUGCAUGGUGAAACAUCCGGGACGCAUGAAUGUUCUAAAUGCAAAAUAAAAUUCUUCAGCGCAAAAGGUUUGGCCAAACACCAGCCAAAGUGUGCGAAAAACCUUGACGAAAGUCUCGAAUGUAAAGUAUGCAAAAUGAUAUUUGUAACAAAAGCAAGUCUUUCAAAACAUAUGACCCAUGCACAUUCAGAAGCUGAAAAAUUUCGUUGUACAUUCUGUGGAUCCGUUUCCUUUGACAAAACGAUAUUUGAAAAUCAUAAAUGUAAAAAAGAUAGAAUGAAACCAACUGCAACUGCGAUGAAACGACAAAACACUACCGGUAAAUUCAUAUGUGAUAGCUGUGGAAAGCAAUUAAAAACGAAAUUAUCGUUACGACAACAUCAAAUUCGCUUUCAUAGUGCCGAAGG